AUGAUUGACCCCUCCAUUUUCCAAAGCCUACAGGACAAGAUAGACGAGGAGAGCCAGAUUCGCGAUGAACUCCAAGACAUCGUUCAGACACUGUCUAAACGCGUAACUCCCGUCCUCGACGAAGCAGCCACGGAAAUCCGUGCUCAGAAAGAGGAUGUCGCCCGUCUCGUCUCCGUCGCCGCCCAGCACCCCUUCUACAAAUACAACCACAUCUGGAGCCGGGAGCUGCAGAAUCUGGGGCGCGGGGUGGUUCAGGUCUUCACGAUCCAGUUCUGCGCAUGGCUAGGCGGCCUGCGAGACGCGCGGGCCGAGAAAGCAAAGGGCUUCAUGACCAUUGAGGAGGUUGGCGAGUUUCUGGGUGUCCCCGUCAACCUCAAGGACCAGGAUUCCUUCCACCUAUCCAUCGAAGAGUACCUGCAAGCCUUGAUAUCGCUGGUGGAGGAGCUGGUGUGGUCCCUCCCUCCCCGUGCCUAUUCCUCACAUCUCCCGAGCCGGUUCGCUAAUGACAAACCAUCCCCAACCCUCCUUUCCCUUCCCCACAGAGCCGGCUAG